UAAUAAAAUAUUGAAUUUAGAUUUCUUAAAAUCAUAAUGUGGGUUGUUGUCCACUUUUUAAAUGAGGACACAGUGGAAGCUGUUCCCGAAACAUGGUACCGAAAAAAAGAUAAGACAUGUGCUUGGCCAAUUGUAUCAAAGAAGUCAAAAAAAUGCAUUGAAAAAAAAGAUUAUCCAGAUGAAAAAAACUAUCAGUGGUUACCUGCAAGGAUGCUUGGUCGAAAGUAUGGAUCUUUAGAAGAAGCAAGGAUGAAGACAAACCGGGCACAAUUCUACUCAGAUUUGUCUGCAAAUGAAGAUUUAAAUGCUCAACGUCUGUUAAAAUCAAAAAGUAAAAUGGAAAGUCCGCCUUCUUUAAGACUAAAAAAGAUUAAAAAAACUGUUGAAAACACUGGUGGUUUUGACGAUGAAUCAGAUAUUGAAGAUGGUCAUGAUUCUGAUAAAGACCCUGACUAUCAUAAAUCAAUAAGUGUAAAUGAUCCAUCAGUAUCACAAACAAUGACUAAUCAUAAUAACAAGUAUGUUAUGAAUUCUCCUAUUGGGAAAAUUUCGAUUGAGGAAACUAAUCUAUCCAUUAUGUCUUCUAUGCCUCCUAAACAACCAUUAAUUGAAUCCAUUACUUUGCCAUCACCUCAACGUUCAAACACUACACCAUCAUCAAAUCUUAAAAAAAGAGUUUUAUUUUCAACUGUUGGGUCCAAAGGUUCCAUGUCCAACUAUUGUUGUUAAAAAACGAACAACUGCAAAAAACGUUUUACCUCAAGCAAAAGCAAUAGUCACCACAUAAUGAUAAGCAGAAUGACCUAUUUAUUUGCUUUAAAAUCAAUUGCUGUUAUUUUUGUUCGGUAAAUAAUUAUUGUUCUUUCGUAUCACAAUAUAAAUACCUAGUUUUUAGCCACUAGAUAACGAUCAAAUCGAUAUUUUUUUUUGUAUUAUAAUCAACGUGUAAUAGUAUCAUUGAUUUUACACAUGGGUAUAAUAAUGAAUAUUAUACGUACAUAAAAUCAAUUGUAUUAUAAUUUAUACGAUAUACACAAUACCUAUACAUAAUUAUAAAGGUAUAGGAAAACUAUCUUAUUGUAUGCAACCAUAUUAGUACACU